AGACGCUUCUGGGGAGGGAGGGAAGCGGUUUGAGAGUAACCUGCGGGAGCGGCGGGGCGGGCCCUGGCCGGGAACACACCCAGAGGCCUGCGGGAGCUAGAGGAGGGGCAGGGGGACUGUCACUUCUGCCAGCGGGUGACCCGUUCCGCUUGGAGUAGGAGAGGCCCCGUCACCUCGGCUGACUGCUCCACAGCCAUGGCGGGCAUCCGGGAUCUCCGGCCCCUGGUACUUACCUGUAUUGCAGGAUUAUUGUCCAGAAGUAUUAAUGCCCAAGUAACUGAAAUCAACUCUCAGGAGUUGGAAUUGAGGAACAAUGAUGCCCAGUACUUGAGCCAGUCGUGCCAACGGCCCUGUCUUCCUGGCGAACGGAAAGCUACUGAGUACACAACUGAUGGGCAUGAGCCAGACUGUGUACCCUGCCAAGAAGGGAAGGAGUACACGGACAGGGAACAUUGUUCUUCUAAGUGCAGAAGAUGUAGUCUCUGUGAUGAAGAACAUGGCUUAGAAGUGGAAAUGAACUGUACCCGGACCCAGAAUACCAAGUGCAGAUGUAGAUCAAACUUUUUUUGUAACAUUCCUGGGUGUGAACACUGUGACCCUUGCAUCAAAUGUGAACAUGGAGUUAUUGAGGAAUGCACACUAACCAGCAACACCAAAUGCAAAAACGAAGGAUCCGGAUCUCAGUGGCUGUGGUUGCUGAGCCUCCUCCUGCUCCUGAUUCCAAUAAUGAUUGGUUGGAAACUGAAAAAAUACAUGAAGCGCAACAACGAAAAACAUGACUGCAAUGAAUCUACAGCACAAAAUCCUGAAACAGUGCCAAUGAAUUUAUCUGAUGUUGACUUGAGUGACUAUAUCCCUAAUAUUGCUGAAAUCAUGACAAUAAGUCAAGUUAAAAAAUUUGUUCGGAAGAAUGGUGUCAGUGAAGCCAAAAUAGAUGAGAUCAAGAAUGACAAUCUCCAAGAAACAGCUGAACAAAAAGUCCAACUGCUUCGUACUUGGUAUCAACUUCAUGGGAAGAAAAAUGCCUAUAACACAUUGAUUACAAAUCUCAAAAAAGCCAGACUAAGUAGUACUGCAGAGAAGAUUCAGGAUAUGGUCUCGAAGGACAUGGCUAAUAACCAGAAAAAUGAAAAUGAAAGCCAACCCUUGGUCUAGAGUGAAGAACAACUAACUCAGUUCUGAGUAUGUGCAAUUAAUAUUUGAAAAAGUCCUUAAUAGCUGAAGGCUGUAAAUAUUGCUUGGUUUUUCACUGGAUGUAUUUUCUUUUUUGAUUUAUUAGAUUUUCAGAACCAAUAUAUUUAUAGAUUUUCAAUAUGUCAUGAUUCUGCCUUCAAGAAUGUUUAAAAUCUAAUUGGGAAUAUACACAUGGUCAAGAGUAAAUACAAUGGCAUGUUAAGUAUGCAAAUAGGAAUGUAUGCAAAGGACAAAGGAUUAGGAUCAUGCUCUAGUAUGUGACAAUUGUUUCUGUAGAUAUGAAUGUGAUUAGUAUGUGUUAGUACACAUGUCUAUCCUUAGGCUCACCCCAUUCCAUGAAUUAGUAUAAGCUAUGUCAUUUUGUUGAACUAUCAGUCACUGGAUAGGCCAUUUUUCCUCUAAGUUACCUCCACAACUCCAUAAUAACUGUAGAGAUUUUACCAUAUUUCUAAACUUUGUUUACAACUCUAAGAGGUGCAUAUUCAAGUAAAGCAUAUGUAUUCGAAUGCAGAUUUUAGUAAGGUUCUACCUCAAAGGUCUUUGUACAGAUUACUGGUAUUUUAUUGUGCACUAUUUCAAUUUUGAAUUUACAUAGAAAACAUAGAUUAAAUUACAAUACUUGAAUAUUUUAUAUUUGUUUGCCAUUUUAUUGUAUCAAAAUAAUCUACUUCUUUCUCAGGAACCAAAAGCAUUUUGAGCAGGAGAGUAUCACUAGAGCCCUGCCACCUCUCUGUUCAUUUUCUCCUUGAUGUUCAUCUUGAUAACCUAACGCACCCCCAAACCUGAAAGUAUCACCAAAGAAAUACUUAAUGACCCACCAAAAGUCAAGACUGCUCUUAGAAAUUCUAGCUGGUUUGGAGAUACUUACUGCUUUUACAGAAGGUAGCUUUGUGGCAUGUCUACCACCAAAGAUGACAAGAUAGAUUCUUAUUUUCCCCCACUACACAAAAUGUCCAGUAACACCCCAUGUGUUCUCUUCUGCUACAAAUGGCAGCUUAUACAUAGCAAAGGUAAAACCAUCAUUAGGUUUUAGGAGUUGCUCUUGUAAACCCCUGCAGGUUCUUAGACAAACAGUUCCCUUCCUUACUGCUACUUUGUUACUUACAUGUUUAAAGAUCUUUCAAAGUUUAUAUUAAAUGUGAAUUUUAAAAAAUACUAUUUAUAUUUAUAUAGAUGUAAACUGAAGAUAGUUACAAACUGAAGUAGAUACCUAGAACUACCUAAAGAGCCUCCAUUAAUGAAGAAUAUUUUUCCUUAUAUAAAAUGUAGCUAAAAAUAUUUAAUUAAAAUAAUGUUUUUGAUA